AGCGUCCCUAUCAGUUACGGCCAUUAUGUCAAUCGUGCAUGCGCAUUUUAACAGUCUGUAGGACUACGUUUCAACACACAAAAUGGAUGACGAACUAGAGAACGAGGUACUAUUCCAAACGCUGGUAUCCCAUCUGAAAAUAUUCUCUCACGUUGUCUUUAAUUUGUCGAUGAACUUUUCGUCUGUUUCUCAUUUUUUAAAGUACUUGCGUUGGUAUGUGUUGAAACCUGAAACGAUUGCUCUCGGAUUCACCAUUUUUGCAGUUUUUCUCCUAUGCCACUCUGCCGACCUGUGGUAUAAAGUGCUCGUUACUCGUCUUCAACUAGCGGCAAGUCUUAGCGCAGCAACAGGCAAAGGAAAUUUCGGUUCUUUUUUGAAUGCUCGGAACAAAAAUGAUCGACUUGCGUGGGAGCUCUCAGAGGGUAGUGCUAGUGUUUAUGCGUUACAAGGCCGGCGACCACGGAUGGAAGAUCGGUUCAGUGUACUUGUGGACAAGAAAAAUAACAUCUCCUUAUAUGGCAUUUUUGAUGGCCACGGAGGCGAGCCUGCUGCAGAAUUUGUAAAAGAAAAUCUCUUCAAGAACCUACUACCUAAACUUCAGAAUGUCCUGCAACAGCCAGGCAUUUCCAAAAUCAGCCAAUUUCUGACAGAUAGAAUAGAGAAAACUACUGAAAAGGAUGAUGAUGAGGAUGAAGAAGAGGAGAAAGACAGUAACAGACAACAUUCUUCAUUUGCAGUUUCAACUAUUUCUGUAACAAGUGUAUUCUCCCGUCUAAUAACUGAAGAAAUACUUUCAGUUGAUAAACAACUUCUUACUCGUGCCAAAGCAGCAAGAAGUGUGGCAGGAACAACUGCUUUAGUGACUUUGGUUUAUGACAACCAUCUUAUUGUUGCAAAUGUGGGCGAUUCUAGAGGAGUGAUUUCUGACAACAAAGGAAAUGCUAUUCCUCUUUCUUUUGAUCACAAGCCUCAACAGCUGAAGGAGCACAAGAGAAUAAAAGAGGCAGGUGGAUUUAUUACUUUUAAUGGUGUUUGGCGAGUAGCUGGAAUCCUUGCAACCUCAAGAGCUUUAGGAGAUUUUCCCUUGAAGGAGCGUAACCUCAUCACUGCAGAGCCAGAUAUUCUAACUUUCAAUCUUUCCGACCUUCAGCCUAGGUUUAUGGUGCUAGCAACAGAUGGAUUGUGGGAUAUUUUUACAAAUGAAGAAGCUGUAACUUAUAUUUCAGAGCAUUUGGAUGAACCAUUCUUAGGUGCGAAAAGUCUUGCCACGCAAGCAUAUGUUCGUGGGUCUUUAGAUAACGUUACUGUACUGGUUGUUAAUUUUUCUGAUCAUACUGCAGCAAAAGCAGUUAUACCCAAAUGUCAAUGAUGAAUAGUGUUCUAUAGUGUACAUAUCUGAAGAUAGGUAUAUAUAUAGAUGUUUAAUUGUUGACUGGGUUGAAAAGUUUAUAUGCAAGUUACAUUAAUACAUUUCAUGCAAUAUAACCCCUUUAAAAGUUAAUGAAUAUGUUGGUUAUCUUGCUGACCUCCAGUGAGAGUAUUUAAGUAAAACCUUUGUGUACUGAGUGAUGUAUCAAGUCUUUAAAAUAACUUAGUAGCACAUAUCACAUAUAAAGAAUUUCAUAGAUGAAACCUUACAUUAUCAUGGAUAAAUAUUGCAUUAUGCUUUUCAAUAUAAACUUGGCAAUAACAUUAAGAACUUAACAUAUACUAUACUCGUAAAUUAAGGAUUUUAUCUCCUAGAUCUCACUGAUAAUUUUAAUAGAUUCUCAUAAAUGUAGCGUGGAUUUUGUUUCUAUAAUUUUCUUUGUUACUAACAUAUUCCUUUACACAUUUUCCGUAAGAAAAUUAUAUUUUUUUUCACUAUGUUCAACUCUUAUUUUUGUACAAAAGAUACAUUACAUUAAGAAGUACAAUCACUUUUAUAAUUUUUCAGAAGGAAUUCUUGAUAAAAGUUGUAGCAUACAUUUUAGUUCAAAAAGUUUUCAUCUUAUAGUGAAUCAAAAUAUUAAGAAAACUUCCUUGACUGUAGCUUGAGCCCAGAGAUCGUUAGCUUACAUUAGAUUUCAGAUUCAGAUGACAGUACUCUACUGAGUUACCAGGACUCAAGCUUCAACCAGAUAACUCCCAUCCUGACUGUUGCAUUAUACUCCAUUUCAGUAUUUUAUAUGACGUCUUAACAGAUUGCAAAAACAAGUUGUUGUUUUUUCAUAAAAAAGGUAGUAAAAUACAAGGUUUCAUUCUGCAUCUGUAAAGAAUAAUUAUUUUGCAAAUUGUGGUUUAGUUUGCAUAACCGUAUUGAAACUCGCGAUGUUAAAGAUAAAAUGUGGACCUU